AUGUGGGAUGUUUUACCAUUUUUAUUAAUUACUCUCCCAACCUCAAAGCCAUUGGGAAAUAAAAAAAGAACUUCUUUUAAAAAUAGUAAUAGAAAUUCCAUUAAAAGAGAAGGUAUGGUAGGAAAAGACGGUGGUAAAAAGAAACCUUUAAAAGCAGCCAAAAAAGAUGCUAAAGAAUAUGAUGAAGAAGAUAUUGCAUUCCAAAAUAAACAAAAAGAAGAAGCUAAGGCAUUAAAAGCAAUGGCUGAUAAAGCAAAGGGAGGUGGUCCAUUAGGUGGAAGUGGAAUUAAAAAAUCAGGAAAAAAAUAA